ACACAAUUGUUCAAAAGGGACAAAAAACAAUAAUUGCAAAAAAUAAAAUAAAAAAAGAACAACUCAGAGAAAGAAAACAAGAGAACACAAUCAUAGUGAUUUGUUGGCAAAGAUUUGUUUAACGAACGAACGCUUCAACGGCAAAAUUUCCCGGGUUCCUUGUCUCUCUUUCAUGCGCGACAAUUCUCAUUUUCUCACGCUCCUAAUGGAUGCGUAAUUGAAGCGAAUAAUUGGAGGAGUGUGUGAGUGAUUUGGAGUGAUAAGGUGAAAGAUCUGGAUAGGGUUUGAAAGAAGAUGAGCGCUUCUAGGUUCAUCAAGUGUGUUACUGUUGGGGAUGGAGCUGUUGGUAAAACUUGUUUGUUAAUUUCAUACACCAGCAAUACCUUCCCCACUGACUAUGUGCCAACUGUCUUCGACAAUUUCAGUGCAAAUGUGGUUGUGAAUGGAAGCACUGUGAAUCUGGGUUUGUGGGACACUGCAGGACAAGAGGAUUAUAACAGAUUAAGACCUUUGAGUUAUCGUGGUGCCGAUGUUUUCAUUCUCGCUUUCUCCCUCAUAAGCAAGGCCAGUUAUGAAAAUGUUUCCAAAAAGUGGAUUCCAGAGUUGAAGCAUUAUGCACCUGGUGUUCCCAUUAUUCUGGUUGGCACAAAGCUUGACCUUCGGGAUGACAAGCAGUUCUUCGUCGACCAUCCAGGUGCUGUUCCUAUUACCACUGCUCAGGGAGAAGAGCUUAGGAAGCUGAUCAAUGCACCUGCUUAUAUCGAAUGCAGUUCGAAAUCACAGCAGAAUGUGAAAGCAGUCUUUGAUGCAGCCAUAAGAGUUGUCCUUCAACCACCAAAGCAAAAGAAAAAGAAGAGUAAAGCACAAAAGGCUUGUUCGAUAUUGUGAUUUGCUAGGUCGGUCUAAAGAAAUUUGACAACCAUUCUCCAACAUGUAUUUCUCUCCUCUUCUUCCUAUUCUUCAUUCCUAUUAUGCUGAAGAAGUUGGAGUCUAUGUGGGUGUUCUUUCGUCUAACAGACUCUAGAUCUCGUUGAAGCAUAAGGUGGUUGGUGCUUUGCUUUCUUGAAAUUAUUGUGAAUUCUAAUUGUCAAAUUUGUAUUUCAUGGUUCCCACCUUUUUCUUAACAUAAGUUUUAUGUAUUAAUAGACUGGAAUAUCCCAGUUAGGAUUACUACCUUGUUUGCUUGAAGAUAUAUAUAAUAUCUACAUUAUUUUGCAUUUAGUUAUAAUGCUUGCUCUAUUCAAUGA